AUGCGUCAGCGACCGCGACGUGCAUGCCACCAAUGCCGGCGGCUCAAACGCAGAUGUGAUGGCAAACUGCCCUGCUCUGCCUGCUCCUAUUACGAAUAUACGUGUGAAUAUGAUAAAGCCGCUCCACGCAGACCUGCACCGGGCCCUACUCCCCUACUGGAAGCAUCAAGCAGGGCAAGCCGAGCUAAUGAACCUGCUAUUGGAGUCUUGGUUCCGAUGGCCAGCACUGAAACAAAAACUGGCUAUCUGGAGCCAAAUAAGGCGCGAUAUCUCACCCACGAUUCAUCUGUAGCUCAGGCUAGAUCUGUUGGGAUGAGGCUAGGAUUACCAAACCCUCCACGUUUGCAUUCCUUCGGGUACCAUACGGGGAUUCGACAAGAGCCUGAAAGCGACAUAACCUAUCAACUUACCCAAAAUAUAACUUGGGGCCCUGUGAGAGCCUGUAUUGAUGUUUAUACAUCUGUUAUCCAUCCCAUAUUUGGGUUCAUGAAUAUGGAGGAGAUUUUCCGGAAGGCUAAGCGGCACUGGGAAGGGGAUUCUCAAGGGUUCGCGUUCGAAGCGGUUAUCAGUGGUAUCAUUGGAUUAGCCUCCCUAUUCUCCAAUUCUCUAGAUCCAAGCAAAGAGACAGAGAUUAUUCUUCAUGCGAAGUCAUGUCUAGAAGACCCUGUUGUCAGUCGCCGCCCGUGUCAAGAUCUAGUUACCGCGUGGAUUUUGAGAACUAUCUACACUCGUGCUACUGGUCGACCAAACACAGCAUGGCUGCACAGUACGACUACAAUGCACAUGAUCGAAAUCACAGGAUUACAUUGUGACCCAAAAUCAACCACCCUUUCCGCGGAGAGCACCAGUCCAUCUCUUCGGGACGCCACUGAUCUUCGGCAACGCAUCAUCUUAGUGGCACAAAGCCUGCAUACCAUAAUCGCUUAUGAUUACGGGAAGACGGUUCUGCGCCUCGCUCCAGUUGUCCAUACGAACAUCCGACCUCGACGGGGAGAUCUCACAUUACAGUUAUAUGAACUCACAGAGAAGAUCCCCCUCACACCACCCGAAACAGAUCCAGUUACAACACAGGCUGAGCUCGUUCAAGCCAUGGAAAAUCUUAUGCUAGUGACAGCGGAACAUGACUUCCUGUUGUUGGCAAAAGCGGAGUUAUGCUUUGCUCUUCAUCGCCGCAUUCAACUUUUAGACCUCGGUCACCAUAAAAGACAGGUCCAGCUUGUAAUCGCAGCAGGUACCGCCGCACUGCCUGCAGCUCGUCGGCUAGCUACCCUAAACCACCCUUGGUGGGGUACUACAAGCGCAGCCUUUCAAUUUCUGUGCAUUUGUCUCUCCAUUAAUACCACUGAGAGUCUUACGUGUCUUGAGCAAAUUAUUGAAACCCUGGGGACUGUGGCCCAGCGUUUCAACACACAUCUUACACAGGAAGCCCUUCAUACGGCUCGCCUCUUAAUCGACGCAUGCCUCGAAAAGAAGAAUAAAGAGGUAGCCAUUCUCAGACUUGCCGGGAGAACGCCGUCACAGGUUCCUACCCCUACGGAAGGACUUGAAAUGACGAUGACAGACGAGGAUGUUGCUUCCUUUUUACAGGUCUGGGCGGGGUCGCCAAUUAUGGAUUUCAACUCCUUAUAUGACAGUUAA